AUGCCCCGUGCGCCGCCCACCCCUUCCCCAGAUGCGUUCAAUCUCGCCGGCGCCUCCGAUCCAAUCUCCGUUGCAACCGGCGCCGCCGCUGCCGGUCCCAUGGCCGGAUACAUACCACUGCCAUACCCCUACUUUUCCCCACCCAUAUCCCACCCCAUUCUUGCCAUCAACAUCUCCACCUACAUCUCCUACAAGGUCAACACCGCCGGAGCCAACUAUUCCAAAUGGCGUCAGACCAUAACCUCCCUCCUCACCAUGUACAAAGCUGUUGACCACAUCACCGAAGGGGCGGCUCCGGCGUCUCCCGACGACACCUGGGAGGCCGUCGAUCUCCACAUAUCCUUGUGGUUUCUGGCGACCCUGAGCGACGAUCUUCACCGCCUGGUGCAGGGCUCCGAUGGCCGGGCCUGCACCACCUGGAUGCGUCUCCGCCGCCUCUUCCUCGACAGGGGCACAUCCCGCUACCUCUACCUCAGCAAGGCCUUCCACAAUUGUCCGCGCGGCGAUCUCUCCAUCGCAGACUACGCCAGCAAACUGCAGGGCCUCGCUGAUGAUCUUGCUGCGAUUGGUCGCCCCGUCUCCGACACCGACCUCACUGGCGCAUUCAUCGACGGCCUCGGCAAGCGCUUCAAACUCCAGGGCGAACUCCUCAAGAACGCCGAUCCGCUCCCCUCCUUCGCCGUCGCCUGCGCCCGUCUCCAGCACUCCGAGCUCGACGACGACACCGAACAGCUCCAGCACGCCUCUCAGGUCAUGGUCGCCCACGACGGCGACCGCGGACAAACCCGCGCCGGCGCCGGUCCUGUCCAGCAGCAUACUGGUGGUGGGCAGCCACGUCCACCCGGAUACAUCAGCCCCAACUACAAGGGCAAAAACCCCAUCCCCGGGUUCGUGCACCCUGGCCGUGGCCGCGGCGACGGCGCUCCUCCACCCCCUGGCAGCGAUCAUGGCCGUGGGCGCGCCCCAUCUGGCGGCGGGCGUGGCUCUGGGGACACCUUCAUGGGGCGCGGUGGUGGCCAGCUCCCGUGGUACGGCUACUUUGCCCCCGCCACGAUGCCGUUCCCACCUCGUGCCUGGAUCCCUCCAAACGCCCAUGGCGUGCUCGGCUCCCGUCCCCGCCCACCAACCCAGGCGUACCCCGUCAUGGACUCCAACGUGCACUCCACCGCGCCACCGCCAGAACCUGCGGCCGCCACUGCUCCCGGACAGCCUACGUCGUGGGAUUACACCACCAUGUACCAGAACGCGCCAAGCUACGGAUCUGCCUUCCACGCCUCCGUUGGAGAUUGGGUCAUGGACUCAGGCGCCUCAUCACAUGUCACCGGUAACCCAGGAUUUGGCUACCCGGCGUCUCCUUAUGCGCUCCAAUAG